GAGAGAGAGAGAGGGGUAAAGGGCUAAAGGCUCCCUCAUGCUUUCUGGGUUUUUGAUCCCACAUUCAUUCUUGCAAUCCGUGUGAGCCCGUAGGAGUGUUAGAUUAGCAGAAAUGGGUGUAGAGGAAAAAACCCAACAGUGUACUAGUCCUAGUGGUGGCUUUGGGAGAUCCUCAAAUUCCAAAAAGACUAAUAAGCAGAAGAAAGUGCCACAGAGAGGUUUAGGUGUGGCUCAGCUUGAGAAGAUCAGAUUAGAAGAACAGCAAAAGAAAGCUGCUUCUGUUUUGACAUCACCAACCCCAUCAACUGCCUCUAAUUCCUUUCCUUCACCAACCAAAUCAUCUCCAUGUGUUCCUAAUCCCAAUCCCAUUAGAAAUUACCAACCGCCCUCUUCAAUCCCAUUUCCAUCUCUUCCAUCACUGGAUCUGCCCCCACCAAACUCGAUUUUUAGGCCACCCAAUGCCGAGGUUGUUGUUCGAAAACAGAACAGUGUUGGUACUGUUCCAUUGCCUAACAAUGGCUUCGAGAUUCCGGGACAUGGAAAUGGUUAUGUUCCCAACAUGUGGAAUCCCAAUUGUGAGUACAAUGGUGGUGAUCUCCAUAAGGAGAGUUCAUCGGGAAUCUUGGAUCCCGGAUUUGCAUUUCGGCCUAGUUUGAAUAAUUUGCCUACUUUUGAUCACUCCAACCCGAUUUGGCCUCUCCCCAAUUUUCCUCAAAGAAAACAGCAGUUUCAUCACCAAACACAGCCACAACCACCACCACCACCUCCUCCUCCUCCUCCCUCAUUGGUGAAUGUGUCAUCAGCUACUUCAUUAUCAUCAUCGUCAUCUGUGUUAAACUUUCACACAGAGCCCCCUUCAAACCAAAGCUAUUACAGCAGCUAUUCUACACCAAUGUGGUCAGAUGAAGAAAGGAUGAUUGGCAUGAAAAGGCCAUAUCCGUUUUCUCAAGACAAUGAUGCCCCCUCAAUUAACUUCAAAUUCCCAACCUUUGUUACUCAGUCGAUGAGAACAGAUGAAACAACCUCCUGUGGGAACAGAGGAGGCAUCUUCAAUUUAGACCCUAGAGGCAACACAAUCUUCAGAGAAGGUCCUACAUGCUCAACUUCGAUUUCAGAGUCCAAUUCAAGGAUUGGCAUCAAAGAAAAUGGGAAUGUUAAUGGAGAAUUUCUCACACUUGCCCCUCCUGCAAGUAAUAGGACAUGUCCAAGCCCAAAGUUCAAUUUUCCUCCAGGUUAUCUUGCGUUCCAUAACCCUGAAGUCCCUGACUUUGCCUCGUUUCAUUAUCAGGGAAAUUCAGAAGAUACAAUUUUCCAGUCAGGACGAAGUGGUUCAAAUCCACAGCAGGCUUUCUACACCUUCAUCCCACCAGCAAAAGCACAAAUUGUUAGACCAGCAGCAAUCUUAAACAAUUGUAAUGGUGAUGUAGGAGAAACUGUCGAUCUCAAUUUGAAGUUAUAAAAUAGUCUUAUAAACUUUGCCAGGCUAGUCGUUCUCCAAUCAGUGAACCGUGCUCAGAAAUUAUUUAGGCUUUUCAUAAAGUUCUAAUGAGUAGGAUAGAUAUGUCUAAAUUUGCAUAUGUAAGCUUGAGCCUUGUGAAAGCGUGGGAUAGUUGAUAAAGAAAAGGAUAUGGAGAUUCAAACUAGUUGUUACACAAUUUUAUGAAGCCAGAAGUGUAGUGAGUUAUACUAUAGGGUUGUGGUUUAUGGUUUGAUUUCUUUGGUAGGUGGAUGGCUCAAGUCACUGGUUUGCUAACAAAACCCUUGCUUGUUGAUUGUGGAGACUCCGAUUGUGCCAUUUAUCUUUCCUACCUUCUUUCAUUGAGCCUUAGAUCAGAUCUUC